GUGCCGGCUUUCCCACUUCUCAGCUCUCCGGUGCCACUGUCGGCACCCAUCUCUCUGGCGGAGUCGUUGGGUCAAGCGACUCCUCAACGCACGCCGGUGUCAUUGAUGCAGUCCUUGAUUGAGAUGCCAUCCCCCUUCACUGUCAAUGGGCGUGCAGGGGCAGGCAUGGUUGGUGGAAACGGCAUCUUUAGCUUCACGUUGCGCAAGGCAGAUGGCACCGAGCUCGGGCUCAAUGUGUCACACUCCAACGACGAUCGUGUGCUGUGUGUGGAGGGCAUCCGCCCGGGCGGAGCUGUGGAAGCCUGGAAUCGCCAGUGCCUGGGCCCAGGAAGCACUUUUACGGAGAAAGCCGUGUUUCAAGGAGAUCGCAUUAUCAGUGUUAACCAGAUCUGCUAUGACCCCAACAAGAUGCUCCAGGAGUGCAAGGAAAAGCAGCUGCUGAAGCUCACGAUCGCUCGCGGCAAUGUUUCUCUGCCCUCAGCCCCGGCUCAGGGGCCUGGAUCUGCCUCCCUCCGUGCAGAUGCCUCCGAGUUCGUGCCCGGUGUGACGUCCAAGCCCACGACCAACGGUGCAGACGAGAAGAAGGAGGAUGGGACUCCCAAGAACAGCGAGGUCGACGUCUAG